UAGUCCGGCGCAGGACGUUGAGCUUUUGCACCCCAGCUGGUUCCGGCUGGGGAAAAUGGCGGUGGCUGGGGCGUUGUCCCGGGAGCAGCUGGUGGGCUGGUGCACUCAGCAGUUGCGGAAGACUUUCGGCUUGGAUGUCAGUGAGGAGAUCAUACAGUAUGUUUUUUCAAUCGAGAGUGCUGAAGAGAUACGAGAAUAUGUUACUGACCUUCUUCAGGGAAAUGAGGGCAGAAAAGGUCAAUUCAUAGAAGAGCUUGUAACUAAAUGGCAAAAGAAUGGUCAGGAGCUGAUUUCUGAUGCUCUGCAGCAGUCCUUCAAAAAAGAUGAAAUUUUAGAUGGGCAGAGGUCAGGAGACCAGCUAAAGAGGAGUAGGCGGAAAGGGAGAAACAGACAGGAAGUUCCUGCAUUUACUGAACCUGAUACAACCAUAGAGGUCAAAACACCUUUUGAUUUGGCCAAGGCACAAGAGAACAGCAGCUCCUUAAAGAAGAAGACAAAGUUUGUCAGUUUAUAUACAAAAGAGGGACAGGACAAGCUUGCAGUCCUGAUCCCUGGUCGCCACACUUGUGAUUGCCUGGGCCAGAAGCACAAGCUGAUCAAUAACUGUCUGAUCUGUGGGCGUAUUGUCUGUGAACAAGAGGGUUCUGGCCCCUGCUUAUUCUGUGGUACUCUGGUAUGUACUCGUGAAGAACAGGAUAUUUUACAGCGUGACUCAAACAAGAGCCAGAAACUGCUGAAGAAGCUCAUGUCAGGGACAGAGAAUUCUGGAAAAGUGGACAUCUCUACCAAGGACCUUCUUCCUCAUCAAGAAUUGCGAUUUAAAUCUGGUCUGGAGAAGGCUAUCAAGCAUAAAGACAAACUGUUAGAGUUUGACAGGACUAGCAUUCGAAGGACCCAAGUCAUUGAUGAUGAGUCAGAUUACUUUGCCAGUGAUUCUAACCAGUGGUUGUCCAGAAUUGAACGGGAAGCCCUACAGAAGCGAGAGGAGGAGCUGAGAGAAUUUCGACAUGCCUCUCGGCUCUCGAAGAAGAUCACCAUUGACUUUGCAGGCAGGAAGAUCAUGGAAGAUGAAAAUCCUCUAACUGAGUAUCACAGCAAACUAGAUGAGGCAAUACAUGCCAUUGCCAAUGGAACCUUGAACCAACCACCGACCAAAUUGGAUAGAUCUUCUGAAGAGCCUUUAGGACUUCUGGUGAAUCCCAACCUGUACCAGUCCCCUCCCCAGUGGAUAGAUCAGACGGGUGCAGCCUCACAGAAGAAGGCUUUCCAUUCAGCAGGAUCAGGACUAGAGUUCAGCUCAUGUCGGCAUCAGUUUCGAAUCCAGGACCAAGAAUUUCAGGAAGGCUUUGAUGGUGGCUGGUGCCUCUCUAUGCAUCAGCCUUGGGCUUCUCUGCUUGUCAGAGGGAUUAAAAGGGUGGAGGGCAGAAGCUGGUACACCCCACAUAGAGGACGACUUUGGAUAGCAGCCACAGCCAAAAGACCCUCUCCUCAAGAAGUUUCAGAACUCCAGACUACAUAUCUUCUCCUUCGUGGGAAAGAUGUGGAAUUUCCCAAUGACUAUCCAUCAGGUUGUCUUCUGGGCUGUGUGGACCUAACUGACUGCUUGUCCCAGAAGCAAUUUAAGAAUCAGUAUCCAGACAUGAGUCAAGAAUCUGAUUCUCCAUUUGUUUUCAUCUGCACAAAUCCCCAGGAAAUGAUUGUGAAGUUUCCUAUUAAAGGAAGUCCAAAAAUCUCCGUGUGGAUGACAGGCUCUUGGUGCUCCAGCUAGGCAUCAGGGCUGUGCCUCUGAGGUGGGAGAGCCAAGUUCAGGACACUGGUCCACAAGAGACCUCCCAGCUCCACGUAAUAUCAAACGGCGAAAAUCUCCCAGAGAUUUCCAUCUCAACGCCAAGACCCAGCUCCACUCGACGACCAGCAAGCUACAGUGCUGGACAUCCUAUUCCAAACAACUAGCAAGACAGGAACACAACCCUACACAUUAGCAGAGAGGCUGCCUAAAAUCAUAAUAAGGCCACAGAUACCCCAAAACACACCACCAGACAUGGACCUGCCCACCAGAAAGACAAGAUACAGCAUCAUCCACCAGAACACAGGCACUAGUCCCCUCCACCAGGAAGCCUACACAAGCCAGUGAACCAACCUUAGCCACUGGGGACAGACACCAAAAACAACAGGAACUAUGAACCUGCAGCCUGCGAAAAGGAGACCCCAAACACAGUAAGUGAAGCAAAAUGAGAAGAGAGAGAAACACACAGCAGAUGAAGGAGAAAGGCAAAAACCCACCAGACCAAACAAAUGAAGAGGAAAUAGCCAGUCUACCUGAAAAAGAAUUCAGAAUAAUGAUAGUAAAGAUGAUCCAAAAUCUUGGAAAUAGAAUGGAGAAAAUACAGGAAACGUUUAACAAGGACCUAGAAGAACUAAAGAGCAAACAAACAGUGAUGAACAACACAAUAAGUGAAAUUUAAAUUCUCCCGAAGGAAUCAAUAGCAGAAUAACUGAGGCAGAAGAAUGGAUAAGUGACCUGGAAGAUAAAAUAGUGGAAAUAACUACUGCAGAGCAGAAUAAAGAAAAAAGAAAGAAAAGAAUUGAGGACAGUCUCAGAGACCUCUGGGAAAACAUUAAACGCACCAACAUUCAAAGUAUAGGGGUCCCAGAAGAAGAAGAGAAAAAGGGACUAAGAAAAUAUUUGAAGAGAUUAUAGUUGAAAAUUUCCCUAAUAUGGGAAAGGAAAUAGUUAGGUCCAGGAAGCACAGAGUCCCAUACAGGAUAAACCCAAGGAGAAACACACCAAGACACAUAUUAAUCAAAUUAUCAAAAAUUAAAUACAAAGAAAAAAUAUUAAAAUCAGCAAGGGAAAAACAACAAGUAACAUACAAGGGCAUCCCCAUAAGGUUAACAGUUGAUCUUUCAGCAGAAACUCUGUAAGCCAGAAGGGAGUGGCAGGACAUAUUUAAAGUGAUGAAGGAGAAAAGCCUACAACCAAGCUUAUUCUGCCCAGCAAGGAUCUCAUUCAGAUUUGACAGAGAAAUUAAAACCUUUACAGACAAGCAAAAGCUAAGAGAAUUCAGCACCACCAAACCAGCUUUACAACAAAUGCUAAAAGAACUUCUCUAGUCAGGAAACACAAGAGAAGGAAAAGACCUACAAUAACAAACACAAAACGAUUAAGAAAAUGGGAAUAGAAACAUACAUAUCGAUAAUUACCUUAAAUGUAAAUGGACUAAAUGCUCCAACCAAAAGACAUAGACUGAAUGGAUCCAAAAACAAGACCCAUAUAUAUGGUGUCUACAAGAGACCCACUUCAGACCUAGGGACACAUACAGACUGAAAGUGAGGGGAUGGAAAAAGAUAUUCCAUGCAAAUGGAAAUCAAAAGAAAGCUGGAGUAGCAAUUCUCAUAUCAGACAAAAUAGACUUUAAAGCAAAGACUAUUACAAGAGACAAAGAAGGACACUACAUAAUGAUCAAGGGAUCAAACCAAGAGAAGAUACAACAAUUGUAAAUAUUUAUGCGCCCAACUUAGGAGCACCUCAGUACAUGAGGCAAAUACUAACAGCCAUAAAAGGGGAAAUCGACAGUAACACAAUCAGAGUAGGGGACUUUAACACCCCACUUUCCCAGUGGACAGAUCAUCCAAAAUGAAAAUAAAUAAGGAAACACAAGCUUUAAAUGAUACAUUGAACGAGAUGGACUUAAUUGAUAUUUAUAGGACAUUCCAUCCAAAAACAACAGAAUACACAUUCUUCUCAAGUGCUCAUGGAACAUUCUCCAGGAUAGAUCAUAUCUUGGGUCACAAAUCAAGCCUUGGUAAAUUUAAGAAAAUUGAAAUAGUAUCAAAUAUCUUUUCUGACCACAACGUUAUGAGACUAGAUAUCAGUUACAGGAAAAAAGCUGUAAAAAAUACAAACACAUGGAGGCUAAACAAUACACUACUUAAUAACCAAGAGAUCACUGAAGAAAUCAAAGAGGAAAUCAAAAAAUACCUAGAAACAAAUGACAAUGAAAACACGACGUCCCAAAACCUAUGGGAUGCAGCAAAAGCAGUUCUAAGAGGGAAGUUUACAGCAAUACAACCCUACCUUAAGAAACAAGAAACAUCUCAAAUAAACAACCUAACCUUGCACCAAAAGCAAUUAGAGAAAGAAGAACAAAAACCCCCAAAGUUAGCAGAAGGAAAGAAAUCAUAAAGAUCAGAUCAGAAAUAAAUGAAGGAAAUGAUAGCAAAGAUCAAUAAAACUAAAAACUGGUUCUUUGAGAAGAUAAAAUUGAUAAACCAUUAUCCAGACUCAUCAAGAGAAAAAGGGAGAAGACUCAAAUCAAUAGAAUUAGAAAUGAAAAAGGAGAAGUAACAACAGACACUGUAGAAAUACAAAGGAUUAUGAGAGAUUACUACAAGCAACUCUAUGCCAAUAAAAUGGACAACCUGGAAGAAAUGGACAAAUUCUUAGAAAUGCACAACCUUCUGAGACUGAACCAGGAAGAAAUAGAAAAUAUGAACAGACCAAUCACAAGCACUGAAAUUGAAACUGUGAUUAAAAAUCUUCCAACAAACAAAAGCCCAGGACCAGAUGGCUUCACAGGCGAAUUCUAUCAAACAUUCAGAGAAGAGCUAACAUCUAUCCUUCUCAAACUCUUCCAAAAUAUAGCAUAGGGAGGAACACUCCCAAACUCAUUCUACAAGGCCACCAUCACCCUGAUAGCAAAUCAGACAAAGAUGUCGCAAAGAAAGAAAACUACAGGCCAAUAUCACUGAUGAAAAGAGAUGCAAAAAUCCUCAACAAAAUACUAGCAAACAGAAUCCAACAGCACAUUAAAAAGAUCAUACACCAUGAUCAAGUGGGGUUUAUCCCGGGAAUGCAAGGAUUCUUCAAUAUAUGCAAAUCAAUCAACGUGAUACACCAUAUUAACAAGUUGGAGGAGAAAAACCAUAUGAUCAUCUCAAUAGAUGCAGAGAAAGCUUUCGACAAAAUUCAACACCCAUUUAUGAUAAAAACUCUCCAGAAAGUAGGCAUAGAGGGAACUUUCCUCAACAUAAUUAAGGCCAUAUAUGACAAACACACAGCCAACAACAUCCACAAUGGUGAAAAACUGAAACCAUUUCCACUAAGAUCAGGAACAAGACAAGGUUGCCCACUCUCACCACAGUUAUUCAACAUAGUUUUGGAAGUUUUAACCACAGCAGUCAGAGAAGAAAAAGAAAUAGAAGGAAUCCAAAUUGGAAAAGAAGUAAAGCUGUCUGUUUGCAGAUGAUGUGAUACUAUACAUAGAGAAUCCUAAAGAUGCUACCAGAAAAUUACUAGAGCUAAUCAAUGAAUUUAGUAAAGUAGCAGGAUACAAAAUUAAUGCACAGAAAUCUCUUGCAUUCCUAUACACUAAUGACGAAAAACCUGAAAGAGAAAUUAAGGAAACACUCCCAUUUACCAUUGCAACAAAAAGAAUAGAAUACCUAGGAAUAAACCUACUUAAGGAGACAAAAGACCUGUAUGCAGAAAACUAUAAGACACCGAUGAAAGAAAUUAAAGAUGAUACAAACAGAUGGAGAGAUAUACCAUGUUCUUGGAUUGGAAGUGUCAACAUUGUGAAAAUGACUAUACUACCCAAAGCAAUCUACAGAUUCAGUGCAAUCCCUAUCAAACUACCACUGGCAUUUUUUACAGAACUAGAACAAAAAAUUUCACAAUUUGUAUGGAAACACAAAAGACCCCAA